GCUCUUCCUCUGUUUACUUCAGUGGCAAUGAUGAUGUGAGACCGAGGACGCUAGCUAGCUAGCCUAGCUAAAGUAAUGGAGAAUCGGGCGGUAAGAGGUGGAGGAAGAACAUAUGGGAUGGAGGGACAUUGCGAUGUUCCUCCUUUAACUUUUCAUCUCAUGCUGGCCGUUUGUUCUCACUUGUCUGCUGCGAACAAAACGUUAAAUUCCCACCGUCGACGUUAGCCGUGUGUACCGCUAGGCUAGGCUGCAGCGAGGCUAGCUGCGCUGGUUUCGUGUUUCGGUGCCAUCUGAUAUGGCUUAUUACAAAUCCUACAACCACCGUAACUACAUUAUUUAAUUUCUUAUUUAAUCACGUUGGGUGAUAUAAUAUUGCUGCUGCUAGUCCUGUGAGUGCAGGUGAAUAAGCUGUCAUCAUCAUAACAGUAGCUAACGGUGCCGCUGAUAAACUGUCAGGCCUGGAAUGGAGCCAGGCGACCUGCGUGAGAGCCCCGCCGGAUCAGGGGAGUCAGAUGCGGGGGAUUGGAGGGAGGUUAUCCCCGGGGAGGAGGACGAGGUCAAAGGUACAGAAACUAAUGGAAACCCACAAGAGUCGGCACACAUGGACACAUGUGAGGAUGGGGAAAGUGAGAAACAAAAAUGCGUGGGAGAGCAACUACACAGUCCCUACGAGGAAGAACUGGACCCCAGGAUCCAGGUACGAGACUCAGAUCUGUGAUUUAUGUUUCACAAUUCAACCUCCCGUUAAAAUAGGUCAGAAAUAAAUGAUCCAGACUGCUGUUAUUGUUAACGGUACCGGGGUAGGAAAGACUGGACAGCUCUGGGAAACGCCUAAUGGAAAGGUAGCAGUGUGUCAUCAUGAGUCAUUUAGAUAAUCCGCCCUAUUGUGUUUUUAUAAUCUAUGCAAAUCCAGUUUGAAGGACAAAGGGUCUACCUGAGAAUGAGUGUUAAUGCUGUUCCUACUGCACCAUUGCAACAUACCUUUAAAACACAUUUUAUUUCAGCCAGAAUAUUUUCCUGAUAUACAUAAACCAGCAAUAACCGUAAAACCUGGGCAAUGUUAUGCAAUCAUAUACGACAAUUUUAACUGGAAAUUGUCCUUUAAGUAAGCCAAAGAGUUUUCAAUUUGUAAUACAAACAGAGGUGAUUAUUGUAGGUAUAUCGAACUUAAAGUUAUUACUGAGGGAUGGUUGAUUAGAGGUGCACUAUAUUGAAGGAUGAAACAUUAGGGAUGCAGUGCACUCUAUUACAUCAUUAACACUAAUUUUCAGUGUUUUUUUUUUGCUUGUCUGAUCAUGUUAACAAAAAACGAAAAUAUAGGUAAAAGUUAAAUGUAUAGGUAUGGAAGUUACCAUGGCAAAAAAAAAGAAAGAAAGAAAAGAAAAGCCGCAAUGGAAGUUAAAAAGUGGUGAUGCAAAAGUUAUUGCGAAAAUAAAAGGAUGCAGAUAAAAAAAAAGCCACAAUGGAAGUGAGCUGCCGGGGACCAAUAAUGAUGAUGCACCGGCGUUUUAUGAUCUCGGCACAGAAGACGAGCAUAGAAGUAAGUGGAAAGGUUAUUGUUUAAUUUCACAUCGUGUGCUUUUCAGUGUGUCAUUUGGUUAGACCGUGUAGCACCUGAGUCAAUAUGAAGUUGAUCUGGAGGAUGCUGGUUUAGUGUUAGCUACGGUUCAACUUCAUAUUGACUCAGGUGCUACAUGGUCUAACCAAAUGACGCAUUGAAAAGCACACAAAGCGAAAUUAUACAAUAACCUUUCCAUUUACUUCUUUGCUCGUCUUCUGUGCCUAGAUCAUAAAACGCUGGUGCACCAUCAUUAUUGGUCCCCGGUAGCUCACUUCCAUUGUGGCUUUUUUUAUUUGCAUCCUUUUAUUUUCGCAGUAAGUAACUUUUUUUGCGUUGUUAACUUCCGUUGUGGCUUUUUUAUCUGCACCAUUUCUUUUUUUGCAUCAGUUUCUCUCGUUGUGACUUCUUUAUUCUGCAUUCUUUUUUUUUGCAUUCUCUUUUUAUUUGCAGCAGCGGCGGUUCUCGGCCACCGUAGAGUUGCAUUGGACUGAGCUCGUGUUCAUAAUUUUAUGACUAGUUGGUGUAUAUAUCUGCUGCCAAAUCUCAAAAGUAUUAAGGAAGUAAUAUAAUAAUGGAAUAAAAAAAUGUAAUGUAAUAUCUGAAAGCGAUUUUGUAAAGAUUGUAUGUGUAAAAAUGAAUUUGUCUUGUGGUGAAACACAGCCUUCAGUGUGUUACUUAUCCUUUCAUUCACACAGGAAGAGUUGGAGCAUCUAAAUGAAGCGAGUGCAGAAAUUAACAGACUGGAGCUGCAGUUGGAUGUAAGUGGGAAAAGAAAACACUUCACUUUAGUAGCUGAUCAUUCUCUCUGCACAUUAUUGUAAAAUGAGGAUAAAACACAGAGAAUAUUAUUCCAUUUUGAUAAAACUAUACUCAUGGGAAAUAUGAAUAGAACAUUUACAACUUCUCUGGGAAUCUUUUGAGAGUCUUUCCUGUAGUAAAUAAUUUAGCGGUCUACCCAGAAGGCUCUAAUCAGUAGUUUAAUGUUUCCCUUAUCUGAAACCAAAACAUAUAGUAAGUCUGAACUCUUAUGAGGGACAUGUGUUUUAUCCUUACUUUGACUCUCACUUGAAGCCUUAGUCUUGUGUGAAAUGUAAUAGUUCGGUCAAUCUAUAACUGGUAAAUCUAAUCUUCUCAUUUUCAUGCAUUAACCAUCCAGGAUGCCAGAUCAGGGUACCGGAAGAUUCUUACAGAGUCUGCCAGGAAGCUUAACGCUCAGAGCUCUCAGCUUGGUGGUUGCAUCGAGAAAGCAAGACCCUAUUAUGAAGCUCGUCGCCUUGCUAAAGAGGUAUUCACACACAAUACUCACAAUACGUGCUCUGAAAUGUGUUAACAUGUGUGCUGUUUAUUUAAAAAUUUGACUUUUAAAGUAGAGACUCUAAAUAGAGGCAAGACAGUUUAUGUAUAAAGCACAUUUGACAAGGAGUCAUGGCAAAGGUCAGGAAAACACAUUGAAAGAUGUUUUUCUGUAUGAUUUAAUAGAAGGCAGCUGUAAACAGGAGCGUCUACAACCUUGAGUUAAAAGAACUUAGAGUUUCAGUGGAUCUGAAAUUUUGUGGGAGUUUAUUCCAGAUAUAUAAAGUGUAUAAUGUGAACGCUGCUUCUCUAGACCUGUCCCAGUACACACCAGUGUUCUGGGCAGUUUGUAGCUUUAAGACGGGGGUGGGCAAUCAUGUGCCAUGGAGGGCCGAGAGGCUGCAGGUUUUCUUCUCAACCCAAAACUCCACCAGGUGAUUUCACUAAUUAGUCCCUGCUCUCUGCUUGGAGGUGAGGUAAUCAGUGAAAUCACCUGUUGGAGUUUUGGGUUGGGAUGAAAACCUGCAGCCUCUUGGCCCUCCAUGGCACAUGAUUGCCCACCCCUGCUUUAAGAAGACCUCUUGUUUUAGCCCUAAACCAGUGGUUCUCAAGUCCAGUCCUCGAGGCCCACUGUCCUGCAUGUUUGGAUGUUUCCCUGCUCCAACACACCUGAUUCAAAUGAUUAGCUUGUUAUUAAGCCAUUGCAGAGCUUGAUAACGAGCUGAUCAUUUGAAUCAGGUGUGUUGGAGCAGGGAAACAUCCAAACAUGCAGGACAGUGGGCCUCAAGGACUGGACUUGAGAUCCACUGCCCUAAACCAUUCAGGACUUUAUAAACCAGCAUUAGUAUUUUUCUAAAUCUAUCCUCUGACAGAUGAGGAUUUAUGUUUUGAAUCAGCUGCAGUUCUCUGAUUCUUAUAGGGAUACCUGCAAAGACACUGUUACAGUCAUCAAGUCGACUAAAGAUAAAUACAUGGACCAGUUUUUCCAGGUCGCACUGACAUACAAGUCAUUUAAUCCUCAGUAUAUCCCUUAAGCAACGGCAGGCCGACUUUGUGUAAUUGUAUUAAUGUGAUUUCUAAGAUUUAUGUCUGAGCUGAUGUCUAUACCCAGAUUUCUUGCUUGGUCAGUGGUUUUCAUCGGUAACAUUUGAAGCUAGUCACAGUUUUAAUCUCCCCGUCUUUGUCUCCAAACAACAACAACUCUUUUAUCGUAAUUCAACCGCAGGAAAUGAAGGCAGAUCCACUUACAGGGGGCUGUAUGAGGCUGUUGCCUUCUUGGUGACAUUGAUUUGUAGAUCUUCAUGCUGUUUUCAUCGUCUAGUAACAUACUUAUAUUCUAUAAUCUGAGCCAGUGGUGACAUAUAAAUGUUUUGCAGAAGUGGCCCCAGGAAAGAGCCUUAGGGAACUCCACAUGAAACUUUUGUCUGCUCAGAUAGUCUCUGUCCUUUAGGUAACACUGAAACCAGUGUAGCACUAAACCAGAGAGUCCUCCCUCUGUGGCAGAAGCAGCCAAACCCGAGUAAUCUUAGUGGUGUGAUGGGGUUUAAAACCUGACCUGUAAACACCAAAGCAGUCGCUUAGUAUCAGAAAAUUAUAAGUCUUAAAAUGGUUAUUCUAUUAUUUGCCUAUAAUUGUUCAUCAGUGUCUUGUCUAGAUUGUUCUUCCCUAACAAUGGCCCGAUGACAGCACUUCUCAGGGCCUGUGAUGUCUGACAUGACGAGUGAAACUUAAAAAAAAAAAAACCUGGAGGCAGAAAAUCGAGACAGCAGGUGGAGAAAUUUAGGUGUUGUACAAAGUCCUCCAGGUUUUUAUGAUUCAUGGAAUAAAACUGGGUCAUUGCGCUUUAACUGGUUUGAAGUGGACACAGCACACAUCCUGUCCCAGAUAAUGAGUUACUAACUGCUUGUUUUAUUUUCUGCAAUCUUCUGUAAAGAAAUGAAGUCAGUGAACUGCAGGCCUUGAUAGAAAGAAGUGUGAAGUUUUUGGCGUCCAAUUCAAACUAUAUCAAUAAUUAUAACUACUCUUGAGGAGUGUAGAGAAGAUUCAGAGAGUGAUAGAGAAAUGGAGCAAUUAGAGAGCACUUCUGCCUAUGCACUGGGCUCAGAAACGCACAUGCUGAUCCUCCUUACAUUAGUCCAAGUGCAUGUAAGGGACUUGUCUUUAACAUCUUAGUCUAAAUUGCCUGAACAUUGAUGCAAGCCGUCUGAUGAGUCACCCCAUAAGCCCUUUCUCUGUUAACCGUCAGCCUGAGUGUUGCCUGAAAAGUCUCCCUCCUAUGAAACUGAAUGAUCACUCAGCUGUUGUUUUGAAUGAACAUUGAUCCAAACAAAGUCUGCACACACUGGAAUUACCCCGGGCAAACAGCAUUCUCACGAAUAAGAUGAUUGAAUCUUCUUAUUGUUGCAGGGAGUUAAGUUUUUUUUCAACAAACAAAAGUAAGUCUUAGCAGGGAUUAGGACUCUAAUCACAACCACAAACUGAAAUCCAUCCACUCCAGUUCCUUAAUGAGUUACGGUUGAUUUUCUAUUUGGGGAGGCUUUGGCUGUUGAAUGUUGUAACUAAAUAUAACGUCAUAGUAGUUCUCUUAUUUCCCUUUACUUAUCUCAUCAGUUUUUACAUUUGCGUUUAUGUUAAAACUUCAACGAUUCAAGAGAGUUUCCCGUCUUUGUCAGGGAUUAAGAUUUCCUUUUCUCUACAGGCUCAGCAGGAGACCCAGAAGGCCGCCCUGAGCUACGAGAGGGCCGUUUCUAUGCACACAGCUGCCAGGGAGAUGGUCUAUGUGGCAGAGCAGGGCCUGAUGGCUGACGGCAAAAACACUCUGGACCCAACCUGGCAGGAGAUGCUCAACCACGCCACCGCCAAGGUAAAACUGAAGAUGAGGUGAAUGUAUUUCAAAACAUUGGUGCUAAAUCACUCAGCUGCAGGAAGGAACAACCUGUGAUACCUCUCCGUCACACACUUCGAGUGGAGCAUCCUGUCCCUGAAGGAGUUCCUCAGUGCAGUGAGUGUGUGUUGAAGGGGUGAGAGUCUCGGUUUUAGCAGUAGUUUUGGUGCUGCAGGCAGGUGCUAAGUCCUGCUGGAAAAGGAAACCAGAUCUCUGUGAAACUCUACAAUCUCCUUCAGGCUGCAUCGACUCUUGACUUGAUGAAACACAGUAGACCAACAUCAGCAGAUCUAACCGGGCACCCUAAAUCAUCACAGAUGAUCAAAACUCCACACUGGACUUUAAACACUUUUAUUAUGUUCAGCAAUCUUCAAUAUGAUACAAACAAUAAGUCCUUUUGUAAAAGCAGCUUUUGCUCUCUGUUUUAUUUCUCAUUUCCUGUUUGUAAUCGUCGUCUUUUGACUGGCUGUAAAGAAUCUCAACAUAAUCAAUUUGCAUUUUUUUUUUCUAAAUCGGAUUCUUCCUGUUUCAAAUCUCCUUCCUUCUCAAGUAUCGUCAGAGAUUUGAGUUUGUUUUCUCAUCCUGGCUGCUGUAACUUCACACGCGCAGUGAAACUCCCAAAUAUUUGUACAUAAACUAAGCGAUGUGUAAAAACCUAAACACUCAACUUUGUUUAGGGGGAGUAGAGUUGCAGUCCUCAAGCACACCAUCAGCUGUGUGAGUGCAUGUUUACGUUUUGUUGAAGCCGUCCUGCUGUGUGUAUCUCGUAGGUGAACGAAGCAGAGGAGGAGCGGCUCCGCAGUGAGAGGGAACACAUGCGCGUCACAAAAGCCUGUCAGGAGGCCGAGGCUCGAGUUCAGAUGCUGCAAAAGUCCCUGAAAAGAGUCAUUGUGAAAUCCAAACCUUACUUUGAGCUCAAGGCCCAGUUCAACCACAUACUGGAGGUAAUGUAGACAACCAGAGCUCAGUUAGGAUACAGAUAAGAAUCACUCUUAACCUCGAAAGAGCAACAUUGGCUCUUUUGUGAGGUAGCAAAUGUGUUGAGUUUGUAAAAAAAUGUAAUAUUUUCUCUAACUAAUGGAUUUAUUAGAGCUCAUCGGUAGGUUAUGGAGUAAAAUCCCUGAUGAGGAAAGUUUGUGUGUCCUCUGUAACUCCAGGAGAACAAGACCAAGGUGCUGCAGCUGGAGCAACACGUCGCUAAAGUCAAGACCCGCUACUCCAUCGCUCUGAGAAACCUGGAACAAAUCAGCGAGCAGAUCCACGCCCAGAGGGGGAGGGACCAGGCCGAGGGAGGCCGCCCCACUGUGUGCGGCGGGCGGAGUCCUCCCGUCGGAGCCGAGUCCGAUGUCAAAGUCAAGCUGGAGGGCGGGGCCUGCAGCGGUGGUGCGACCGGGACGGACCGAGCGGAUGCAGCUGCCAACCUGGUGGAGAAAUACAAGGAGAAGGAGAAUGAAAAGGAGAGGGAGCGGGCAGGGUCGGAUUCCCUCUCGGUGUUCAGCCUCCAGACCAUCGCUUCCGACUUGGAGAAAUAUGACUCCAUAGAGCACCUCGGGGAUCUCAGCGAUGUAGGGAGCGUGACUGGGGAUGAGGGGGAGAGGGAGAGAGGCGGCGGCGGCGUGAUUGAUAGAAGAGACAAGCUGAUGGAGACGUCGGCCAAAGAGCGCCAGCAGCAGUUCCACAAACAGCACCACCGAAGCUUCAGUUUGUGAAGCGGUGAGAGAUAGAACAGCUAGAAACGCUUAAAAAAAAAAGUACAAAUUAGGGUAAACAUCCUGCGUUUUAGGUGCAAACCAAAGCAUAGAAGGAUAAAUUAGCUGCAAGAUUAAAAGUUAUGCUGCAGAUGUAGGUGUAUGAUACUUAGAGUAGAGAAGCUCAUGUAGAGUGACUGACAUAAAGCCGAUCAAUUGUAUUUAACGUUGCAGCUUAGUUUGAACACUACUCCUAGCAUCUAAACAGCUUUCAGCCCCCCAGGACAAGUAAACUGUGUAUUCACUCCCCUGUGAGGCCUUCUGGGUAGAAAACAUUCCCAGAGCAUGAAGAAACAGCGAAGAAAGAUCAAAAGCCCUGCACGAACAGAAAUAUUUAUAAAAGGCACCAUAUCUGUCUUUCUUUCCUUUUUUUUUUUUUCUUUCUUUCCCAGGCUAAUUUUUGAUCUAAUUUGGCGAGACUGGUGAAAAGAAACCCUUCCAUUGUUUCCAGUCGUAUUGAGUUAUCAGCGACUCCUUCAAGGUAGAGAAGAACUCUGAGAUCACACUCCAGUAAAUCAACCCUCCAUUCAGGGAGUUUGAAGGGAAGAAUGACAAAAACGUCUCUCUGCCCGUGCGCGGAGUUAAGAGCAUGUUUGAAUUCACAUUUCAUGUAUUUAUUUCCAGUAACAUGCUGCAAGUGGUGCUUUUAUCGUUUUCGGCACGAGAGGGAAUGCGUUUUUUGAAAAUUCCUGGAAUGAUGAAAAGAGCGAGCAGAGUCUGAAGAUGAUGGAGACUCAGUUUGGCUCAGACAGCAUGCACUCCUCGUUGGCUAUUAAACUGACAUUUAAACGAUGUAUUCAGGGUAAAACGCUGAUAGAAACACUGACACUCUAAAAGCAAAAAUAAGCUCAGCUAUGCUUUCUUUAUUUAUGUCAUCAUGCUGUAGUCUUACGGUGAAAAAGCCUUUCCCAAAUUUCUUUGAGAUGGAUAUUCUUAAACAUUUGUAACAAGUGUAUUUCGUUGGCAGCGUUUCUUCCUUUGUUUGCCUUUACAAAAACCCACCCUUGUUAUUUGAAGCGUGCCUUGACACCAAACAAGCAACACAUUUAGCAUGAGUAGUAUUCACUGUAGACUCAUUUGUACUUCUGAACCAUUUAAAGACCAACUGUGCGCCCUUUUUAUGAUUUUUUUUAAAGUAUCUGAUGAAUCUAAUCGCCUAGGCACCAUUUCCAAAUGAGACUUGAAUUUAUUUUUCUCGUGAUUCCUGUACUUGCUUCUAUGAUAGUGUACUUUGAUUGUCAAAGUGUGAGAUGAAAAAGUCAAGAAAUGACUUGUAAAUGUAUGUAAUUAUUACAAAGCUGGAAAAUAUUGACAUGUACAGUUACAUGUGUUUUGCUGAUUUGAAUAUUUGACUUGUUUGUUGUACAGAUGUUCUGUAAACCCACAGGUUAUCGUUGCGUAUUUAAAUCAUUCUUAUUGUCGCUGUUUACCUGAAACACUUCCAUUUCACUCCUGUCUUAUCAGUAUCGCUUCAAUCUUUUAAAUGCCUGUGUGGGUUACUCCUCACUGUUCCCAAAUUCUGUAUUGUCAUAUCUAUAAUCAAUAAACCAGAUCGUACUUAUCUA